AUGCCUAUCCCUUCGCUCCCGCUAUUCCUGGCGGCGCAACAACACGCCCAAAAUGACCCCGCGAAAGUGGCCGUGAUCGACGCAACCAAGCAACAAUCCUUCACAUACACCCAGCUCCUCGAGGAUGCGGCUGGUCUCAGAAAGCAGAUUACAGAACAGCUGGGAUUGACCGACUUGGAAGAACGGCGUAUCGCGUUUCUUGUGCCGAAUGGCUACGACUAUGUCGUGACCAGCUGGGCCGUUUGGGCUGCCGGUGGUGUUUGUGUGCCACUUUGCACCAGCCACCCUGCCAAAGAAUUGCUAUACGUCAUUGGCGAUUCAGACCCAUGCCUAGUUAUCAUCCAUCCUACGUUUGACAAGGUUGCGCCGGCUUUGCGCGAGGGAUGCACUACGGAUGUCCCCUUCAUGGGCCUUGACCCUUUCACCAAGAAUGAUGCCCCGUCUCUGCCAUCCUUCUCACUGUCAUUGGCCCUUGAUAGACUCGCCCUUAUGAUUUACACCAGUGGGACUACAUCAAAUCCGAAAGGAUGUGUCACCACGCAUGAGAUGAUAACUUUCCAGGCCAGCUGUCUCGUCAAAGCCUGGAAAUAUAGCCCGACGGACCAUCUUAUUCACGUCCUCCCACUUCACCACAUCCACGGCAUCAUCAACGGACUUGUCGCUAGUCAUUUGAGCGGUGCUACGGUGGAGAUGCACCCCAAAUUUGACCCUCAAGUUAUCUGGGGGCGAUGGCAGGCCCAAGAAUCUACCUUGUUCUUCGCUGUUCCUACCAUCUAUUCCCGUCUAAAUGACUACUUCGACGCCCACAUUCGCGGAACAAUCCAGGAGGACGCUGCUCGAGCUGGAGCUCGCGCUCUGCGUCUAAUUGUCAGCGGUUCGGCCGCGCUUCCGACCCCCAUCAAAACCAAGUUUGGUGAAAUCACUGGUCAAACCCUGCUGGAGCGUUAUGGAAUGACCGAGAUCGGCAUGGCCUUGAGCUGUGGACUGGAAGACGAGAAGCGGAUUGAUGGAAGUGUUGGCUGGCCACUUCCAGGGGUCCAGGUUCGGUUGGCCGACAAGGAAACCGGCCGUAUCGUUGAGGAAAUUGACGAGGAUGGUAUGAUCGAAAUCAAAGGCGGAAAUGUCUUCCUCGAAUACUGGCGUAAGCCUGAGGCUACAGCCUCUGAAUUUACGAGCGAUGGAUGGUUUAAGACAGGAGACGUGGCCAGGCGUGACUCUGAUGGUGCAUAUUUUAUCCAGGGACGCGCAUCAGUGGAUGUGAUCAAGUCGGGCGGCUACAAAAUUUCCGCGCUUGAAGUUGAGCGCAAAAUGCUGGCCCUAGAAUCCAUUCAGGAGGUAGCUGUGGUCGGACUGAAGGAUGAAGAAUGGGGACAGAGAGUGGGUGCAGUGGUAAAGUUCCGAGGAAAUCCACUGGACCUGCAGACUCUUCGUGCGCAACUGAAGACCGAAAUGGCGGCCUAUAAGAUUCCCACUGUCCUAGAGGUCGUCGAUGCCAUCGAGCGGAAUGCCAUGGGCAAAGUUAACAAGAAGAUUCUUGUGCAGAAGUACUGGCCGGACAAGGCUUAA